AUGGAAUGUGACGAACAGAAACACAAUGACGACGGGAAGUUUAUAAACAAAGAGGAUAAACAACAGUUUGGUCACUGCCAAGCCGUGGCUUCUGCUGCCCAAAUGCCACAAGGUGCUACGGAAGAGCUUUUACAAAAUAUACAUGAAAAGUCGUCCAACAUUUUAAGUAAGUUAAAAGAGAAACGACUAAACUUGCAAAAUAAAGUAAAUGAUGGCUCUGUGGCUGGCAAUAGCGAUAGCAUUUCCAGACAAGUUUUGAAAGCGAUGAAAACUACGAAGGUUGCUGCUUCGGUUUCGGAGAGUAAAAGUCACAAUACAUGUACUAUUGAAACUAAAUCCUCUUCACAACAAACCUGCAACAAUACAUCCAAACAUGUGCCCCAUUCCAAUGGAGCUGUGCCCAAAGUGAUGGUUAAAACACCGACAGUAGGAAAUAAAAUUCAAAAAAAGAAAACGGCAACAACAAAUAUUGUAGAAUCGAAUGAUUCUACACCGAUAUUUACUCCGGAUUAUCUGGAUAGACACUCUAAGACAGAUUUGAAAAGCUUGGUCGAAGGAUUGCAGCUAUUAAUAACCAAUCUUACAGUUAAUGAUAACAAUUUGCAGAAGAAAGUUAAAAAAUUAGCUGGAGAUAUUGAUGUUUUAAAAGAAUUUCCCUUGUUCGCCACUAUUGGAAACAAUAAUCGUCCAUCAAUGUCAGUAAAAUCGACAAAUCGGUCUAGUAUGAAUUGCGAAAAGAUAGACGAGAGACCAGUGAAAAAAAAUAAUGAAGAACAACCUUGUACCAAUGAAAGAGCUGAAAAUUCGACGAGUCGUAAAAAAGAAAAACAAGAACAAAAAUCUAAGAAAUGUGAAGUAUCAAGUCCUAGGGAAGUGUUCUUAAAUUACAUAAACUCUUCUCUAUCGGAAUUUACUGGAGAAGACAAAAACGCCACUAAAGUAGUUUGUACAUCGGCUAACCUUGAUGAUCUGGAAAACUUUAGCCAUUUGCUUGUUCAGAUGGGAUUCGGAAGUAUAAUAGAAGGCGAAAUACGAGUUAACCGAAAAAACAAUAGACAAGCGUUCAUUUCAAUGAGCAAUGACAGGGAAACAGUAGAAAGAGAUGCCAUUGUUACGGUGCCUGCUGCGAGACAUUUCGCAUUUGAUGGAGAUAUAGUUAGAGCCUUUGUCUUCAAUACCAAAUCUAAUCUCGCGAAAUUUGGAUGUGUGGAAAAUGGUCGGACGAGAACAGAAUCUGUAAAUAUAAUGGGUGGCAAAGACAACUCAAUUUGCUUGACUGAAGAUGAAGACCCUCUUGCCGAAUGUGACUCUUCUCCCGAUACGGACGUCGAAGAAGAUAAUGCAACUGCAAUCUUACCUGACAAUUGCCGAAAAGCAUUUGUUAUAUCGAUAGUAAAACAAACGGAGUUGCGAGAAGUUGUUGGUUCCAUAAAUUUCAUAAAAACCACAACUUUAAAUUCAAAAGUGUAUUAUAAACUGAAGCCUCAUGACAUGAGAAUUCCUAUGGUCUAUAUACCCGCUGAUUCUUGUCAAGAUCAUGUAGAUGCUGCUAGCCAAGAUGACGUAGUUGGAAUGCUUUUCUUAGCCCUUAUAUUGGAAACUGACAUUAAUGGUAAUUGUAUAGGAGAAUUACUGCAACCUGUGGGAAAAGUUGGAAACUUGGAAGCGGAAAUAAAAGCAAUUUUGCUUCACAAUGGCCUAAAAAACUUGAAACCAUACGAUCAGAAGUUCUAUGACAUGUAUGAUGGACCUAUGCCACCGAUCACCGAAGAGGAUUUGAAGUAUAGGGAAGACUUGCGCAAAAAGUGUGUAUUUACAAUAGAUCCCUUAACUGCAAGAGACUUGGACGACGCUAUGUCUGUGGAGAAAAUAUCCGAAGAAGAAUAUGAAAUCGGUGUUCACAUUUCGGAUGUUUCGCAUUAUCUUGAAGAAGGGUCGGAACUAGACAAUUUGGUCAAAGAAAGGGCCACCUCUAUAUACUUAGUUAAUGAAGUAAUUCAUAUGUUGCCAACAUCGCUUUGUUUCCGUUGUUCUCUUUUGCCAGGAGAAGAUAAAUUUGCUUUUUCGGUCUUUUGGCAUUGGAAUGUAGCACAUCAAACGUUAUCCGAACCUAGGUUUACGCGAACGGUUAUCAAUUCAUGCUCACAAUUUGCCUACGAACACGCCCAGAUGAUAAUAGAUAAUCCUGAUGAGGAGUUCACCAACAGUGACCUACCGGAUAUAUUCAACGGUUUUACAACAAACGACAUAAAAUGGCGCAUAUUGUUAUUGCACUCUAUAUCGCAACAUUUGAAAACGAAGCGUUACGAAUCAGGUGCUUUGUCAAUAAAUAAUCCAAAGUUGAGAUUCAACCUAGAUCCUAUAACUGGCGAACCACUUUCGUAUGAAAUUGAAGGGCGCAAAGAGGCCAAUUAUUUAAUUGAAGAGUUUAUGCUUCUCGCAAACCAAGCUGUGGCAAAAUUCACCCAUGAGCAUUUUCCUAAUGCCGCUAUUUUGCGUAGUCACGCGCCCCCUCUGCAAAAAUCUAUGCGCGCUCUCAAAGAUCGAUUGGAAAAUUUGGAUUUGGAGUUUGACAUUAGUACGUCAAAGACUGUAUAUGAAAGUAUGAAACGACUUAGUCAGACUAGUGAAGAUCCAACAGCAAUUGAAGCCUGUCUUAAUACGUUUUUAACGAAACCAAUGGCUCGGGCUCGGUACUAUUGUAGUGAAGGUAAAUCAGCUGAGGCUGAUUUCUGGCAUUAUGCCUUGUCUAUACCAAUAUACACCCAUUUCACCAGUCCGAUUAGACGUUAUCCUGAUAUUUUAGUUCACAGAACACUUGCUGCAUCAUUGAAUUACUGCCCACCGCCAAAGCGAACGGCGGAAGAGCUGCACGAGUUGACCAAAAUUUGCAAUGAACAGAAAUUCAAUGCCAAAAAUGCAGGCGACGAAUCGAUUGAUCUGUUUUUCCAUCGCUAUAUACGUUCGAAAGAAUCCAUAACGCUCAAGGCUGCUGUCACAGAUAUAUUUAAACAUAUGUUAAAUGUUGUUAGUAUUGAAACGGGUCAUACUUUCACCAUUAAUUACAAACAACAGAAAGUUAUAAUAGACGCUACACAUGCACCAAAAUAUGUGCUGGUUUCAGAGAAAAACUCCCAGUUGCCUCCAGUGAAAUUGCAAAUAUUUUCCACGGUUGAUAUACGAGUAGUUUUGCGGGACAACAAGAAGUGUGCAUUCAUCAUUUCGCCUGACAAAACUCAAAGGCGUCUCAAUAGCAAGGAAUCUUCGAAGCUUCGUGAUAAAAAUGUACUAAACACCACUGCCAAUGGCGUUCAAAACAAUUCCAUACUUACAUCAGAGGGAUCCUCAAAGAAAAAGACUAAUAGAAAGCGGCGUGUAACAACACAGAAGAAGAUGAUUUUGUCAUUGCUACAAUGUCAUGCUUUGGCCAGACCUCAAUUUUUCCCGCAACAAUUCCCAGGCAUAGGAAAUAAUCGAAAUCCAUUCUUUCCAACGAAUAAUAACAAUCAAGGAAAUAUAGGCAAUAACAUUAAUCAAGGAAACAUUGGCGUUAACAAUGGGAUUUCAUCGACCACAGUUGCUCCGAAUACACCAACUACCGCAUCGCCACAGUAUUUGUUGUGUCUACAGAGUUGUCCAUCCACUAUGGAAUACAAUCCAAUAUGUGGUUCGGAUAAUAUAAAUUAUCACAAUAACGGUCGUUUAGUAUGUGCUCAAAGAUGUGGUAAAACGUUUCUUCUUAACUGUGCCUUUGCAUUUCCCGACUCACGAAAUCCAAAUUUGGAAUAUGAAAUCAUAAAUCCCAGUGCUCCACAGCUAAAUGAUAAACCAGCCUUAAACCCUAUACCCACAACCCCACAUCCAGUUAUAAUCAACACCCCACCAACACCUCCAAAGGAUUCGAAAAAUUUCGUGUAUAAUCCUGUAACUAAAACAUGGACAGAGUUGAAGAAAAAUGAUCCACCACCAGCUGAGGAUGCUCUUAUUUGGAACCAAAGUAACGAUAUAUGGUUAACAAUGGUAGCACGCAUAUAA